UCAAAACUUAUCUUUUUCUGUUCUGUUAAAAAUUAUAAAUUUCUAUUUAUUUAGAGUCACUUUUAGUCCAUUGGAACUUGAGUAAAAUAUCUGCUUAAUUGCAUUUGUAAUUUUAUAAACAUUCUGAAGAAAAUGGAUCAUAUCGAAGAUGCAAUUGCAAAUACAGUUGACUUUGAAAUAAGGGCCUGCACAGCUACUAUAUUGCCUAUUAGCAGCAAGAAGCAUAUUUUGAAUGAAACCGAAGAAGGAGAAUACACUAAUUCCGGUUUGCCACCUUCGUCAUGUACAUCUAUUGCCAAUGAGGAAUCCAAUCAUGCAAUAAGUGAAACUGACAGCAUACAAGAUGUACAAAACGUUGCGGAACAAGAGCAGUUCAAUGCUUGCUCCAAAAAACAACUCACGAAUGAAAUAUCAGUAUCAGUUAUCACUGAUACAGAACAAGAAAACUUGUCUCAACAGAAAAAGUCUACAUUGGAUGAGCCACAAUUUGAGGAAGCCACAAAUGAGGUGUCGAUAUCAAAAACAGAUGGUGAGAUUAUAAGGUUCUCGAUUGAUGAACUCACGAAUGAAACAUCAGUAUCCGUUAUCACUGAUACAGUUAUCACUGAUACUGAACAAGAAAACUUGUCUCAACAGAAAAAGUCUACAUCGGAUCAGCCACAAUGGGAGAAAGUAACAAAAGAGGUGUCGAUUUCAAAAAAUGAUGGAGAGAUUAUAAAAUUUUCCAUUGAUGAACUCAAGCAAAUUAGGGAAGAUAUAGAAAGCAAAGUAACUAGAAACAAUUUAAAUUGGGAACCAUUUAAUCUUACAACGAAAAACAAUAACGAUAAGGUUAUUAGUAACUCAAUAAGCAACAAAUUGAAAGAAGUUUUCCCUUAUCACAGUGAUACCUCUUUGGAAUACCAAUAUUCUACAGAAGUCAAUACAUUAAGUGAGGUCCGCAGAACAAAUUUGAAUAUAACAAAGUCGUCUAGUUUCCCAUACAUUCCGAAUUCAGUUUCUCAGGGACACAUGAAUUUUUUAAAUGAGAAUACCAUCGCGUCUGAAAGGCCAACGAAGAAACCUGCCAAAUAUCAAAAGCACAUUACUAUUCGAUAUGACGACUCAGACGAAGAAGAUAAAAAACGAGUUCCAUUCUGCCCAUACUGCUUUUAAGCACCUGUAAUUGUUAAAGGAUACAUAAAGAUUAGUCCUGAUAGAAUAUAUGAAAUAAAAGGAAACAGUGAUAGUGCUCAUAUAUCUAUGUCUAUGGAUAACUAAAACUCACUUCGUGCUUUCAGUAUAAACAUAACUUUGUCGAAAUUUUUUGUUUAAGUCUUAUUAAAUAUUUCAUACAUUUGUGUUCAAUAUA